UGCACUAAAUAAGACCCGCCACCAGAGGGCAGUAAUGCACCAAAUAAGACCCGCCUUCAGAGUGCAGUAAUGCACCAAAUAAGACCCGCCGCCAGAGGGCAGUAAUGCACCAAACAAAGGCUACGGCGAAACGGUAUUAAAGAUUGAUUUCCACAUUUGUUACAGAAACUGCUCCAUUAAAGAGGAUGAAUGAAUUUUAAUAUUUCUUUCUUCCAGUUUAGCAUUCAACUGUGGAUCUGUAUGUCUUUUUCUCAGUUUAUUUCCAGAGUGACAUAAGGAGACCAGCUUGGGCCCAUUUAUGUUCUCUCAUGGACGAUUGGCAACCAUGGAAAAUGAAAUCAUAAAUCCAAACGUUUUUUUCCAGUAGGCCAAUUGACUGCUGCUUAUUUAAAUAAAUAACAAUAUAUUCUCUAUUUUUAGGCCGCUAAAAUAUGUCCCUUGAAUAAACGUCAUAAAUGUCUCAGGUUAAAAUAGCCGACCUAUUUUUGUUUGGUCAAUAUAAGCCUAAUCUGGUUCAUAUUUUAAAAAGAAGAUAGUCAAUCAUUUUGGAAUCAGUGCCUCGAGGACAACGAAAAUAAUAAUUAUUGAAUGAUUAACGUUAAUAUUUUAAACUAUCAUUACUGUUCAUUUAUUUUGGUCUGGUAUCUUCUAAAACAAUUAAAGAUACAAUGCCGGUAAAAGAAAAUACACUCAAUGAAACUAUUAAAUUGUGCAAUGUGUGACAAUUAUCUAGGCUACACAAACUCUGAUUCGCUGGUGCGUAGUUUACAUCGAGCCCUCCUCAUGGGAUAGGCCUAGAUACUAAACCUCUGGAGCUCGGAGCAGCCGAGCUCCGGGCGGUUUUAGGGGAUUUGUUGCCACACAAUCAGACUCGGAAAGACGGAACGAAAAGGCUCUGAAAUAGCCGAUUUAUAUAAUAAAUAAUAAAUAGGCCUAAAACCGAGAUGCCAUAGUGUUGUUGACAGGUUGUGUGGGAAAAUAAACGGUGUAAAAAAAAAACAGACAGCGGUUUUGAUUUAAAAUUAUCUUAUGGAAAAUGGCCUUUAAAUAAGAUGCCUUCUUGGGAUAGGAUGAAAAAAUGUGUCAAAUAUGCAAAGAUGUAUAGAGAUAUAGUUUAAGCAAAUAAAAUGGUGCGUUGUCUGGUCGUAGCCGACAUGCGGUACAUUCAACGUGGAUACGGGGAUUGAAUUUAACACUUGUAGGCCUACUUGUCCAUGACCAGCACAUCGACCCUACAUCUCCCAGCUGUGCGUGUUUCUUCCCCAGUAACAACAUCCCACCGCGGGCGGACGGGCCCGUUCGAGGAGGGGGUCCCAAGGGAGGGAGCUCACUGUACACCAGCACCCGGACCUCCACCAGCCAACCGCCCCCCAGGUCUCCUGACGCCGCUCCGGGGCCUUCGCCUCCCAUCAGUCCGGACUCACACUGGGUUGCUCACACGCCCGAUGACAUGAUGUCACUUCCCCUUCCCCCCUCCCGCCUGGUCUCCUCGGUCCUCCCUCUGCUCCUCCUCUUCCUCCCGCCGUCCUUCCUCUCGCCCGCCCUCUCCCACGCGCCGCUGAGCUGGACCUCGCCGCAGGACCCCUGCUACCACCAUGACGGGCGUCCGCGCCACUGCCUGUCCGAGUUCAUCAACGCCGCGUACGGCGUCCCCGUCACCGCCGGCAACUCCCUGCGCCGCCCCGAGCCCGGGGCCGGCGUCACCAGCGCCCUGACGGACCUCCACAACCCCCACAACCUCAGCUGCUGGAGGUCCCAGGGCGGGGGGGGCGGGGGGGGCGGGGGGGGUGGGGGGGGCCUGGAGGGCGGGGACUGGGUCAUCACCCUCCCCCUGGGCCGGCGCUUCGAGGUCACCUACGUCAGCCUGCAGUUCUGCCACCAAGGGGCGCCCCCGGAGCCCUUCUCCAUCUCGGUGCUCAAGUCCAUGGACCGCGGGCGGACGUGGCGGCCCAUGCAGCACUACUCCAGCGACUGUCCCGGGACCUUCGGCCUGCCGGCCCGCACCGCGGCCCAGACGCGGCACCGCGAGACGGAGCCCCUGUGCUCGGACCCCCGGCCCCUGCCCAAGCACCGGGGGGGCACGGUGCUGGCCUUCUCCACCCUGGACGGGCGGCCGUCCUCCGUGGACUUUGACCACAGCCCCACCCUCCAGGACUGGGUGACGGCCACCGACGUCCGGGUGGUGUUCCACCAGGCGUCCAGCGCGGGACGCCCCGUCAGGCCCGGGGGGAGGGGAGGGACGGGGGAGGGGGCCGGUCCGGGGGUGGGGGAUGGAGAGGACGAGGAGGAGGAGAGUGGGGGGCCCGGCUGGAGGGCAGGCUCCCAGGGAGCCGCCGGAGAUCAGGUGGACCAGGGGCCGGCGUCGGACAACGGACUGACGUAUCUGGAGAGGGAGCUGCAGAACACCGGGACGGGGGCCCGGAGGGACAAGGGGGAGAAGCUCCCCAGGAAGGGCCACCGCAAGGGCCUGGGGGGCCCGGGGGGGGAGGAGCUCAACGUCACGGGCGAGGGGGGCGGGGACGUUUUCGGCCGGGACGAGGCCCCGCCCCCGAAGACGAGGGCGGGGAAGGGCCGGAAACGGGGCCGCAAGAAGGACCAACCGCAGUGGCCCCCGUGUCCGGGCGCGGGGUGUCGCUGGAGGGUGGACCAGGGCCAGGGCGGCCGAGACCACCAGGGGGGGGGGCGGGAGCUGAGGCGGCGGAGGAACCAUCAUCACGCGGGGAGGGGCUUCGGGAACAUGCAGCUGGCCCCUCCCCCGCCGCGGGUCUUGGCCCCGCCCCCGGCGCCCCCUCUGGCGCUCUCCGACCUGCAGGUGGGAGGCCGGUGCAAGUGCAACGGCCACGCCUCCAAGUGUCGCCGCGACGACCACGGGCGAGCGGUGUGCGUGUGCGAGCAUCACACGGCGGGGCCGGACUGCGACGUGUGCGAGGACUUUUAUUUUGAUAGGCCCUGGCACCGGGCCACGCCCACGCAGCCCAACCCCUGCGUCGCGUGUGAGUGCAACGGCCACUCCUCCAAGUGUCGCUUCAGCAUGGAGGUGUUCCAGCAGUCUGGGCGCCGCAGCGGGGGGCUGUGCCAGCAGUGCCGUCACCACACAGCCGGGCGCCACUGCCAGUACUGCCAGGGGGGCUACGCCCGCGACCCCGCCCAGCCCCCCACCCACCGCAAGGCCUGCCGACCCUGUCAGUGCCACCCACUGGGCGCGGUCGGCGGCUUGUGCAACCAGACCUCGGGUCAGUGUCUGUGUCGGGACGGCGUGACCGGCCUCCGGUGCAACCGCUGCGCCCCGGGGUUCAAGCAGGGCCGGUCCCCACUGAGACCCUGCAUACGAAUUCAAGAGGUCGCCCCUACCCCGGUGUUCCAGCCGCAGUACAGCAUAGCGGAGGAGUGUGUUUCUUACUGCCAACCGGCUCAGCUUGAAGUGAGGAUGAACUUGGACACCUACUGUCUCAAGGAUUACGUGCUGAAGAUCCAGGUGAAGGCCAUGGAGCGCUCGGGCCCCUGGUGGCAGUUCUCCAUCGCCGUGCAGACCGUGUUCCGCACGGGGUCCACGCCCCGCGUCCGCAGGGGCCCCCGGGCGCUGUGGGUCCCCGACCGCGACCUGGGCUGCGGCUGCCCCGCCCUCCACGUGGGUCGCACCUUCCUGCUCAUCGGCUCCGAGGAGGGGGGCCGCGACUGGGCCCCCGGGGAGAGCCGCCUAGUGGCCGACCGCUCCACCACCGCCCUCCAGUGGCGGGACCACUGGAGCCCCAAGCUCAGGGGCUUCCGGGGGCAGGACAAGAGGGGCCGUUGCCCCCCGAAAGCCCCCCCCCACCACCGCCACCACCACCACCAACGGCCACACCGCCGUCCCGUCGAGCCGCAGAGGGGCUACAUCCCGCCGCAUCUAGUGACGGGGGGCGACGGCGGCGGAACACACGGACCACACGCGCGCUCGGAGGAACCGGCCCCCGAGAGCGCGGAGAGCGUGGAGAACGUGGGGGGGACGGGCGCGAGCGCUAACGUCCGCGACGACACGCCGACACCCGAGAGCCCUGAGCUGUGGACGUUCGCUGUUUCGGCCCCCGCUAAUCCGUCCCCCGCUGAUUUGGCCCCCACGAAUCCCGUCCUCCUCACAAAUCCGGUCCCCACAACUUGGGUCCCCACAAGUUGGGUACCCACUUUGCUGUGUUCCAGCCGACCUCCCGCUGUGUGACAGGAGACACACACACAGUCCCACACACAGGUACCAUGUGGAUAUCAGAUGUGAGAAUCACGUAAAGACACACGGUGAAAGACAUUGAUAGAGGAUAGUAAGUUAUUUGUUUGUUUGGCGUUCGUCCGCAAGAAAGGACGAUGGAGCAUUUAUUUUGAGUGGCUGUUUAUUAUUUUUGGGGGGACUAUAGACGAAUGUAUUGUGAUGUAUCCACACACACAUAGAGCCACGCACACACACGCACACACGCACGCACACGCACACGCACAUGCACACACACACACACACACUUACAAGCCUUGGCAGGGAACUCAGAAUGUGAACUAAAAAGUUUCUCUUCGGUAAUGUCAAGGGCUCUUUUAAAGUUGGUCAUUUCAUAAGUACUAUAUUUGACAGUUGACAUGAAAUUAAAAUUAAAAUGCCAAUUAGUUGAAUUCAGGUCAAGACAAAAGUGCCAAAGAGUAUGUCUUAUUGACAUGUAUUAUAUUUAACACUGAUUUAUUGAUGAUUAAGUUUUGGAAAUGGAGCGUCAAUAAAUGUAUCAAUAGAACUUUCAAAUACAUUUAAUAUAUAAUCAAACACCUAACAGUUUAGCCAAAGAAAGCAAGAAAUAGAACCGACUUUUCUACCUCACAUUUGCAAUGGUGUGUGAUUAAAGAUGAGCUGACGCAGAUUAUUGAUCCAAAUAACUUUCAAGGUAAAAUUCUAAUAGUUCAAAAUUAUGUUUUUUAAUAUAAUGCUACAGACAAAAUCUAUACACUGAUCUUUUCUUCUUCUUCUUCUUCUUCUUCUUCUUCUUCUUCUUCUUCUUCUUCUUCUUCUUCUUCUUCUUCUUCUUCUUCUUCUUCUUCUUCUUCUUCUUCUUCUUCUUCUUCUUCUUCUUCUUCUUCUUAUUAUUAUUAUUAUUAUAAAAAUAUAUUAUAUUAUAACAAAAUGUAAAUUAUUUAAUUAUUUUAAUUUCAUUAAAUCCACGCUCUUACUAAAUCUUGGGUGUCUUGGACAUGUAGAGGAAAAUAAUUUUGAAUUUUCUUUCUUUCUUUCAAGCAAGCAAGUAUUAGAGGGUUCACAUUUAGUAAGAAUGUCACAGACAAUAGAAGGUUAAAGUGGAACACAUGAGUGAUUUGUGUCACUCUGCUGUACCCCAGGCCCGUCAAGCCUCCAACAGCUGCAGUGUAUUCACGGGUGUUUGGCGAAACGCGUUUCACAGCAAAGAGAUAUGGCCAGGAAUGUCCAACACCUUGUGCACUGUAAAGUUCACGUGAAUAAAAUCGAAAAAAGCAUUGACUUACAAAGAAGCCACUUUUUUCCUGCCACCUUGUGUCACCUAUAUUAUUGUGCCCAUUAUGUGUGUAUAUAGAGUUGCAAAGUUUGGGGUCAUUUUCACAACUUUUUAUUUUUAUUUUAGUACAAAACAAGCCUGUCAAAAAAACGAUAGUUUUACCCCUUAUGUUUCAUUUGACAAAUCAACAGUGUUACCCCUUAUGUUUUUUUUUCAUGACGACAGUGUUACCCCUUAUGUUUUUUAUCAUUUUCACAACUUUUUAUUUUUAUUUUAGUACAAAACAAGUCUAGCAAAGGGAAUUAAAAUGACAGUGGAAAAUAAACCAGAUGGGAUUCGAGAUCUGGAAGCGUACUUUGACAAAAACAAUAAAUGUCCGCUUUUAUCACAUGUUUAGUGCAUUGUUUCAUUAUGUUCACAUAACUAUGACUUCUAAAAUGUUUUUUCUUUGUCUUAUUGCAAGUUUGGUUUUGACCAUAAAACAUAACUUACAACCAACAGUUUGCAAUAGUAUCCAGCUGCAGCCCCGGAGAACAACACCCUGGCGUGACAGAACAUCCAGGCGGGACGGAUGUACUGUGGCUGGACGGAAGUUACCUCCGAUUAUUUUAAAUCUGAUGAAUUUAACCGCGGGUCGAACCAAUGAUGAAAGUCUUCAACAGCGGAUGAAACAGGACAUGAAGCAGUACAUUUGUUACGAAUGAGAUCAAUCUUAUUUUAGAUUUCUGUUGCCUACUGUAAAACAGAAGAGAUCAGUCGGAGUCAAUUGCGAAUCCGAUAAAGUUGGAUGGAAGCCAAUGAGUUGGAUGACACCUAGGAUAAUCCCUCAAACCACAAAUCUAUGAACAAGAUAUGCAUUGAAGUAGAAACAUCUA